AUGAGUACGCAACCACAAUGGAAACGGUUACCCGGUAUACAAUACAUUUUCGAUCCACGAUGGGGCAUGGACUACGAUUUUACCAUCGGUUCAACCCAGAAACCUCGAACCAAGGACAACCAUCAUCACAGCACCAGAUGGCCCACGGUGCAAAAGCAAUUUGUAGCGGAACAAAGUGGGACGGAACAAUCUGGAACAGAUGUUAUAAAUCCAUAUUUACUGGCUGCUGGAGCGGCUAGUAGCUUGUUGCUCAUCCUAGUACUUCUCGUCUACCUAGUAGCUAGAAAAAGACGACAAAAGAAAACUGACGAAGAACAAAAUGCCCAAAGCAUAUUGGUUUAUCCUUCGGCAAAUGGCGAAAGCCAACCGCAAUUUUUGACGAAAGAAAUCCAUUUUAGCCUUCCUCCCCUACGCAGCAAUUCACUAGGAGACCUAGAAUGUCAACAGGACAAUCCUUACGACUCAGAUGUGGAUUCUGAUGCUCUUCUGGUACCUGGACAGUCUCAUAAUCAUCGAAGCAACUCAUUUAGUUGUUAUGGUUUGGGUGUAAUCGAACCGGCGCUAUACAAAAGCACCUUGGAUUUGGACGAAUUAUCUUGGCCAGAAGGUCACAUAGGCCGCAUAUGGUUCUCCUUAAGAUACGAACCUUCAACGGAAAAGCUUCUGGUGUCUCUUUUGAAAGCCAAAAACUUACCUUCUAGGAGUGUGGGAACGAUAAACAAUUGCGAUCCUUUUGUAAGACUUCACCUGAUGCCAGACGAGAGACGUUAUUUGCAAUCCAAACAGAAAAAGAAGACUUGCAAUCCCUACUUUGACGAAACCCUUGUUUUCCAGGUAUCUCAGAAAGAUAUGGUGGAUCACAUCCUGAAGUUGACUGUAAUCGACGCCGGAAGGACGAAACGUCACGCCGAAAUCGGUCACGUGACUUAUCCCUUAAGAGAAUUGGAAAUUGGGGACGGAUCCGAGCAACAACUUUUCAAAAUGGAUUUAGCUAAGGAGCCUCAAGAAAUGCGAUCGGAUUUAGGAGAACUUCUCGUAUCGUUACUGUACAACGAAAACCUUAGCCGACUUACGGCGACCGUUAUCGAAGCAAAAAGACUUAAGUUCCAAGGUGACAAACACGAAGCCUACGUCCGUUUAACUUUGCACCAGCACUACAGGGCGGUCAAAGAAAAACGCACCAACAUCUCCAAACCUUCCAGGGACGGUAACGUUUGUUUCGCCGAAGGUUUCAACUUGAAAAUGGCGCCCACCCAGGCUGACGUCAGCAGUUUGGCUUUUCACGUUUUCCAGCACACCUCUGGAUAUGGUAAGGAUAAAUUAAUAGGAAAAGUGGUUCUGGGCUCAUACAUGUUCACCAGAGGCAAAGCUCUAACUCAAUGGAACACGGCAAUUUCCAGACCUAUGGAGCAUAGUCAGUCUUGGCAUACUUUGUCUGAAUAA